AUUGCUCUCGGGAGGCGAGUGCGGCUCUACACAUGGGCUGGGCAGGGGUCCGCCACGGCUUCCUCAGGGCUGUUGGGGACCCUCCGCUUCCCCGCCACAGACCGGACCUGCUGUAUGAACUCGGCGUCCCCUCGGCGGCAGCUUCCGUGACCUCCACUGCACCUGAUUCUACCCUCAGCCUUAUGCUUGCUGGAAGAGUUCCGUGACAGCAAGAGGGAAGCUUCCUGCUGCCAGUCCCCUGUUGUUUAGGCAGAUUGACUGUCAUUCUCACAGAAUGGCAGCUCUUGGUCUAUCUUCCACAUGUGCUGUGUCCACCCGGGACCCUGCCUAUAUCCAUGAGUCAGAAAUUCCUCCUUCGUCAAAAGACCAUUCCUCUUCUCAGGACAUGGACUUGUUUGUUUGCAAUGGCCUGGAACCUUCUAUGCCAGCCAGUGUUGGUUCUCAGGAGUCAGUGACUUUCCAGGAUGUUGCUGUGGACUUCACUGAGAAGGAAUGGCCCUUGCUGGAUUCUUCUCAGAGAAAAUUGUACAAAGAUGUGAUGUUGGAGAACUAUAGCAACCUCGCCUCAGUGGGGUAUCAGGUGGGCAAACCCAGCCUCAUCUCCCACUUGGAGCAAGAAGAGGAGCUGAGGACAGAGGAGAGGGAACUGCACCAAGCCACAUCUCCCGAUUGGGAGACUCCAUCUAAAAGCAAAUGGUCCAUUCUCAUGGAAGAUAUUUUUGGGAAGGAAACAUCCAGUGGUAUGACAGUGGAAAGAACACGUCUUGGAGAGAAACCCACUGAGUACACUCACCUGUUUGAAGUCUUUAGCAUGGGCACUCAUCUUACUCAGCAGAUAGGAAGGCACGCUGGCAAGAGGCCCUAUCACCGCCGGGACUGUGGGACAGCUUUCAAGAACAGGUCACAUCUAGCCCAACAUGUGAGCAUUUACAAUGGCAGGAAAAUGCAUGAAUGUCAUCAGUGCCAAAAAGCCUUCACCACGAGUGCGUCCCUCACACGGCACAGGAGAAUACACACUGGGGAGAAACCCUACGAAUGCAGCGCCUGUGGGAAAGCCUUCAAUGAUCCCUCUGCCCUCAGGAGUCACGCGAGAACUCACCUCACAGAGAAGCCCUUUGACUGCAGUCAGUGUGGAAAUGCCUUCCGAACCCUCUCCUCCCUGAAGAUACACAUGAGAGUUCACACUGGGGAGAGACCUUACAAGUGUGAUGAGUGUGGGAAGGCGUAUGGCAGGAGCUGCCACCUCAUUGCACACAAACGAACGCACACUGGAGAGAGACCCUACGAAUGCCACGACUGUGGGAAAGCUUUCCAGCAUCCCUCACAUCUCAAAGAGCAUGUCCGGAAUCACACUGGAGAGAAACCGUAUGAAUGCACACAGUGUGGAAAAGCCUUCCGAUGGAAGUCUAACUUCAAUUUGCACAAAAAGAACCACAUGGUAGAGAAAACAUAUGAAUGUAAAGAAUGUGGGAAAUCCUUUGGUGAUCUCUUAUCACGGAGAAAACACAUGAGAAUUCAUAUUGUAAAGAAACCCAUUGAAUGUAGACAGUGUGGGAAAGCAUUCCGAAACCAGUCCAUCCUUAAGACGCACAUGAAUUCUCACACUGGAGAGAAGCCCUAUGGGUGUGAUCUAUGUGGGAAAGCCUUCAGCGCGAGCUCAAACCUGACCACACACAGGAAAAUACACACUCAAGAGAGACGCUACGAAUGUGCUGCCUGUGGGAAAGUGUUUGGGGAUUAUUUAUCCCGGAGAAGGCACAUGAGCAUUCAUCUUGUAAAGAAACGUGUUGAAUGUAGGCAGUGUGGGAAAGCCUUCAGAAACCAGUCGACCCUCAAGACACACAUGAGAAGUCAUACAGGAGAGAAGCCGUAUGAGUGUGAUCAUUGUGGGAAAGCCUUCAGCAUAGGCUCAAACCUUAAUGUGCAUAGGAGGAUACACACUGGGGAGAAACCCUACGAAUGCCUGGCCUGUGGGAAAGCCUUCAGUGACCAUUCAUCCCUUCGGAGUCACGUGAAGACUCAUCGAGGAGAGAAGCUCUUCGUGUCAUCUGUGUGGAAGAGGCUCCAGUGAUGCAUCUUUAAGAGAAACAAGAGCUCAGACUGGGAGGAAGCCUCCUUGGUGUAUGGAAGGCAGGAGCACUUACAUGAACUCAACUGUGCACAAACCAGUACAUGUAACAGGAGAAAUCCAGUUUGUGUAA